ACUGGUCUGGCAGUGAACGGGACCGGUACCGCGUCGAGGUCACGUGCCUCUUGAUGUUAUGCGCUGGCCUAUCGGGAACCCGGGAUCACACUAUCAGGCUCUCAGACUUGCUUCCAGCUUUCUCUUGGUUGCGGUGAUCAGUGCUGAAACAGCCUUAUGUGCGAGGCCGUCCUACUUUACCCAAGACCGCUUGCUCGUUAUCCAGGACGCCUCCUCCUCCUCCCUCUUUUACCUCAUCGACCUCCUCUAAAGCCUCUUCCUUCGGAAAUAUGGUCCCGCAUUUUUGUGCAGGCUCUCUUCGAGGAUGAUAAAGAUGCCCAAUCACACAAUGCGCACAGUAAUUUACGGCAUUCGUGUUUAUCAUUGAUGCUAGUAUGCAAGGGUUUCAAGGAAGUUGCAAUGCCGCUCUUAUAUUCCAACGUGUGCUUGCACUCUGUGAAUUCCUUGCAGAAGUUUACUGCACAUCUUCACUCUGCAGACCAGAUGUGGGAUUCUAUCCGCAGAAUCCCUUACUCUACCCCCGGGCGUUGGGUGCAAGUGCUUGAUCUUUCGGAACUUCUCGCAGAGCUGGAUUCCUCGGCGUACUAUGCAGUUAACGCACUUUUGACGCAGCUUUUCCCACUGCUGCCGUUCCUCGCAAAGUUGACUUUGUACUCUGGAUUUCUGCUGAGCUAUCGUGCACUUGCGUCUCUCACACACAGAGAUGGCAGCUCUAAUAUUCACCCUUUCGUUCAGUUGCUGCGGGUAUGCGUAAAUCUGGAGCUACUGGAAGUCACCGGGGUUGGUUUGGAUGACACUGAUCUCGAGUCACAUCUCGAUAACACCGAAAAUCUCAAAAUACCACAUAUAGCUGUCCCGCUCUAUUUACCGCACCUGCGAAGCCUUACUCUAUUAUCCAUGCCUUCCUCUUUGUUGAUGUAUGCUCUUUUGCACUCCCCCCUACCACGUUUACAGAAUCUAUCACUUACUCCGUAUGAUGACAUUCCCUUUCCUGCAUCACUCUCGUCCCUCUUUCUUGAGAAGCAUGGGCAGCAUCUUCAUACCAUCUUUCUCUCCACUCCGAAGUCUUGGCCUACACACUAUCAUCCAUCACCCACUACUAUACUCCACACAUCCCCACAUCUCAGGCACCUCUCUCUGGAAUAUCCGCUACCGGCACUUACAAUCACAUUUCAAACGCCAUUGACUGGUGUGUCAUCAUCAUUUAUCCUUCCCCUCCAGAUCUUGUCAAUUCCCCGACCCAACAGUGACUUCUGGGUCACUUUGGAGAGGCUCCUCCCCUUUCUUCCUUCCCUACAAAUUAUACGCAUGCGCGACGUAAGGUGGCUAAGGCAUGGAAUGACUUCCCGUGCUCAGGAGGCUGGAAUACAGGGUGAGAUGAGGGAAUGGGACCGUCGCUUGACUCGUAGAGGCAUUCGACUGUUGGACGGCAGAUGGAAGGAGUCACGGGGCGUGUGAAUGCGGAAUGUUCAAACUAUUGGAGCUAGCUAUCGUCUUGUAUGUUUUCGUGUUUCCAGCUCUCUGCUCCUUGCUGUAUGUAGCUCUUACCUCUCACCUCUCAAUAUGAACCUUGUCUCUGCGAUUCAAAGAAUUACACGCUAUCCUGUUGUGAACAUUUUCUAAGCUGAAGGAGACAAUCUUACAUGGUAAAUAAAUCACCUGAGCAAACUGCAUUGUCCCUUCUGAAUUUACGUCAAGAUACGCAAGCAGCGAAUGCCUCAUGACUUCGAAGUACCUAAAAUAUCACCUAUCUCCUCCACAAAUUUCUGAUAAUCAUCCUUCUUCCCAACAUCGGGCUGUAUGCCCUUCGAAGAUCCUUUUUCAUUCAGGGAGGCUGCUGCAACUACAGGUACCGGCCCAAAUUUAUCCAUCAAUGAGCUCACAAGAUCCGGUCGCGAAGCUUGUGCUGGUUCCGAAGAUUCUGACCC